AUGGCCGCCAAGCGGAAGUUGGCUGAGGAGGUUGUUGUGGAAGGAGGCGAGCUUGACACCUCUAAUCAUGCGCACAUUAUUCCCCUGGGAGCUGGAUCGGAAGUGGGCCGAUCGUGCAUUAUCCUCAAGUACCAGGAUAAAACUGUCAUGUUUGACUGUGGCAUCCAUCCCGCCUUUAAGGGUAUGGACAGCCUACCCUUGCUAGAUGACAUCGACAUCGCCACGGUGGACGUGGCCCUGAUAACCCAUUUCCAUUUGGACCACUGUGCGGCAGUGCCUUACCUGCUACGUAAGACUCGUUUUAAGGGCCGUAUCUUCAUGACCCACCCGACCAAGGCGAUUUAUUACUCGCUCCUGCGCGACCUGGCGAAAGGUGCUAAGCACAGCAGCGAGGAGGCACUGUUUAACGAGGAGGACUUGGAUGCGUCCAUGGAACAAAUUGAGGUGGUGGACUUCUACCAAACGAUAGAGGUUUCCGGAAUGCAGAUCACGCCGUACCGUGCUGGACACGUCCUUGGCGCGGCGAUGUUCAUGGUUGAGGUUGCGGGUCUGCGCUGCCUGUACACGGGGGACUACUCGCGGCUGCCCGACCGCCACCUGCCGGGAGCGGACACGCCGCCUGUGACCCCGCAUAUAGUCAUCGUGGAGAGCACGUAUGGGACCAGUCGCCACUUGCCCCGGCAGCAGCGUGAGCAGUUGCUGAUAGACAACAUUCGGACAACCCUUAAUCGAGGCGGUCGCGUGCUGAUGCCCAUUGUGGCGCUAGGCAGGGCACAGGAGCUGCUGUUGUUGCUGGAUGAGUACUGGGAGGCGCACAAGUCGGAGCUGGGCGGCAUUCCCAUCUACCAGGCCAGCUCCAUGAUGAGCAAGGCUCUGGGAGUGUACCAGACGUACGUUGAAUCGCUCAACGAGGACAUCAAGAAAGUCUUCCAUGACCGCAACCCCUUCAAGUUCCGUCAUGUGCAGACUCUCAAGAACCCUGCGCACUUCAUCGCCGACUACUCGGGUCCCUGUGUCAUCAUGGCCACGCCCUCAGGGCUGCAGUCCGGGGCAUCCAGGGACUUUUUCGAGGCCUGGUGCGAGGACGCGCGCAAUACCUGCAUCAUCUGCGACUUUGCAGUGCAGGGCACACUGGCCAAAGAAAUCCUGGGCGGCCCGAGCUCCAUCACCACCCGCGAGGGUCGCAGGGUUCCUCUCCGCAUCGCAGUGCACAACAUCUCUUUUUCGGCGCACGCCGACUUCGACCAGACCUCGGGCUUUCUGGACACUGUCAAGCCGCCGCACGUGGUGCUCGUUCAUGGCGAGUACGGCGAGAUGCGUAAGCUUGCUAAGGCGCUUAAGGACGGCGCCAAGGCCGCUGGGCUGGCACGGGAGGUGUACACACCCGUGCUUCAGCAGACCGUGGCGAUUGAGCACCAGCCCGACCGCAGCGUACGGCUCCAGGGCCGCCUUGGUGAGAAGACGCUGCAGCCCGGAGGCGUUGUACGCGGCGUUCUUGUCCGUCAGGCGGGCGGCUUCGGGCAGCAGCUUCUGCACCCUGACGACCUGCCGCGGUACACCAAACUGCUCAAGGGGCGGGUCACGCAGCGCCAGGCCAUCAGCGUGGACGUACCGUUCUCCGUCAUACGGCUGGCCCUGGAGGUCAUGUUCGAGGGCGUGGAAGGCGCUGGCACUGUGUCAGUGACCUCAGUUCCUGGCGCGGCCGGCAAGGGCAAGGAGGUCCUAGCAGUAAUGGUUGGUGAUACGGUGGAGGUGCGUUACAUUCCAGCGGACGACACUACCGGCAUGGUCGCACAUGUCGUGCUAGAGUGGGAGGGCGGCCGGCAUGGGGACAUGGUGGCGGAUGCCGUAAUUGCCGUUGUCUUACAGGCGGUGGGGGAGCCAGUGGGGGCCUCAAACGCGGAGUCGGCCAUGAACCGGGCGCGAGCCGCGGGCGAUGAGACGGCUGCGGCCGCUGCAGAGCUGCAACUGAUUGCGGCGCUUCUCCGAAGCCAAUACGGUCCAGCAGUGGUUGACGAGGCGGGCGGCAGCAUCAGCUUGUCAGUGGACGGCGUGUCUGUAUUGGUUGACUAUAGGGCGGGAAAGGUUAUAUGCGGGGAGGUGGGGUUGCGGGCACGAAUAGAGAAGAGCUUGGACCGGUUAGCGACUGCAAUAAGGCCGGUGGCGAUAGACCGACCGCAAGGGUAAGGAUUUCGACUGGCCUGCUUUUGAGGGCCGGUGGCGAAGUUAUAUGUCUUUCGCCUAUUAUACGAGGUAGCUACAGUUCUGGAAGUCCAUGGGCUGGUUGCAGGGUCUGCCAAAGGAAAGAAUAAGGCAAUAUUUUGUCGUUGUGGUUGUAAAAUGGGUAUAGUUACCACGUAGCGGCAGUAUAUUAUACGGUGGGCAGGAUUUGUGAUGUUGCACCGGGACAGGACGCAAGCUGCAAGAAUUAUGGACCGCUCACACUAUCAUCGCCCAUGCAAUGCUAUUGCGGUUGAUCCGUCAUAUACAAUGUGCUCGCCCUGAGUACUAUGAAGCCAUGCAUAUGAAUGGACGAUAUAGAUAAUGAACGUGUUUCGUAUUGGUUGGGAGAAUUCAGCAUGUGAACAAUUGGAUUCAAAGGGAAGCCUGUCGAAAGCCCAGAACGAGGACAUUUCGUGCCUGGAUUUGCAAGCAUGGGUCAGCCGUGGUCGGUAUGGCACGGCUAAUCUCCAACACACACCGUGUGGUAAACAACAAUGCCCCCGGGAACUUGCCAUAGGGUCAGACAGAGCGUAAUUGACGUCUUAGAUGCCAGCAAGCCCAGCCAUAUAUCCUAACUCAGGAAGGCCUACCGACGUCUAUCCUAUUUUUGCCCUAGCGGCGCCGCUUGUUAAAGAUCUGUAUGCUGGACCGUAAAUACGUCCAAAUCUCUAGCUUCAACCUGACGAUAAAGUCACACGCAGUCCUACCCCUUAACCCAGAGCAACUAGCACAUUCAUGCGGCCAACGAUCGCAGAUGAACUUGGCGCCAAGUCCCCCACCCAUGCGUCUUCUGAGCGUCCUAAUAUGUUCGGUCAGCGCACGACUCCUGCCAAAAGGCCUGCAUUGACCACUGCCGCAGCACCAGCAACGGAAGUGGUAACCGUCAUGUUUGAACAUGUACUCAAUUGCAUUUUGCAUACGCGCUCGUUUGCCCGCAAUUGUGUCUUCUCUUCCAGCACGAGCAUACCGUCUUCUCUGGGUUAGGGGGCUGGAUAAGACCCAAAAUCCCAUCCAGCGGCCCCAGAAACCUACAUAGGCCGCCACAAUGCCGAAGUCUACCCUAUACCCUAGGCGCACGGGCCCCUGCGCCCUCCGGCUGCCUGUUCCGGCUUCCCUGCAAGCUCCACAGCUACCCCCGGAACUUUCUCCACCCGCCAUGCAACGAGGAAAACACACUCGUUCCCAGCACACCCCCAUAUGUGUGCUAUCGCCUUACGUGGUCGUUCAAGGCUUAGCGCCACCCACGACUGUGUUGGCAAGCACAUAUGUGCGUACGGACAGCAUCUUUGCCUUCUCAAUCAGCUGCUCGUGCACUGAUUGCGACUGCGUGCCCAUAAC